AUGAUGAAGCAAGCUCGAAUUUUGCUCUCCAGGAGCCUUUGUGAGCAAAGCAAAUCACUUUUCGAAGGCAACUUUAGGUCUUCUGCGUCGCGUGGUUUUGCGACCUGGGCAGAUUCUUCUGCCUCUGGGAAAGAUGUCGCAAAGCCAAGUGGUCGUGUGUUUGCACCUUAUGCCAUCUUCAAAGGCAAAGCUGCACUCUCUGUUGAACCUGUUCUCCCCACUUUCACCAAGAUCGAGCCUGGAAAUCUCCGGAUAGAUCGUCGUGGAUCUGUGAUGAUGACUUUUAUGCCUGCUUCUGGUGAGCGCAAGUACGAUUGGGGAAAGAAACAGCUGUUUGCUUUGUCACCUACGGAAGUUGGAUCCUUGAUCAGUAUGGGUUCCAAUGAGAGCGCUGAGUUUUUCCAUGACCCUUCCAUGAAAUCAAGUAAUGCUGGUCAAGUGAGGAAGUCGUUGUCGAUUAAGCCACUCGUAGAUUGUAGCGGCUACUUCUUCUCAUUGACCGUUAACAAUAGCAUCCUCAACACCAAUGAACGAAUUGUGGUUCCUGUCGCAAAAGCUGAAUUUGCAGUGAUGAAGGCAGCUUUUAGUUUUGCACUUCCACAUAUCAUGGGCUGGGAUCGGAUAACAACAGGUCAAGCAACACAUGGGAUUACUUCACUUCCAAAGACCAGUCCACCACAGUUAGGGCUGGAGUGGGUUUAA